AUGAGUGUGGAAGAAAGUAUAAAAUCAAACGAUCCAAAGAUCGGUGCACUUGGAGCAGAAGAUGAUGUAAUCCAAGAUGAUGUGUCGCUCAGCUCGAUGCUGCCUGUAAUUUCAAGUGAAGAACGUACUGCAGAUGUUGACAAGACACUGCCCAUUCAGUCAAAUGAUUCGGAUGCCGCCGAAGCGGAAUCGGUAAACUCUGAGCUACAAAGGUAUCAUGUGGCUUGUCAGAAAGGUGAUCUUACUACUGUGAAGCAGAUGACAGAGGGAGGUCUUGUAGAUAUUAAAAAAGAUUACGAUGAUGGUGAAGGAGUGACCGGGCUACAUUGGGCCAGUAUCAACAAUAGGCUAUCAGUUGUGGAUUAUUUGGUGACCAAUGGGGCCAAUGUAAACGCGAAAGCUGGUACGCUGCAUGCACCACCAAUCCAUUGGGCUGCAAGAUACGGCUAUGUUUAUAUCGUUGAUUAUCUUUUAAAACAUGGUGCUGACGCAAAGCUGAAAGAUGACCAGGGUUUCAAUUUACUGCAUAUUUCGGUGAACAGUUCUAAUAUCAUGCUCAUCCUAUAUGUUCUUUUCUUCGUUGUGGAUAAGGACAUCAUAGACGUCGAUUCUCAGGAUCCACACGGAAGAACCUCGUUGUUGUGGGCCGCAUAUCAAGGUGACUCCCUAACCGUUGACUCGUUGUUGAGAUUUGGUGCAUAUGUGAAGAUCGCUGAUGAAGGUGGUUUCACCCCGUUGCACUGGGGCACAUUAAGAGGGCAACCACAUGUUUUGAUGUACUUAAUCAAAAAAGGAGCAGAUUUUUUCCAAAAGACGAAUGACGGUAAGGAUUGCUUUACCAUUGCUCAAGAAAUGAAUACGGUCUAUUCCCUGAAUGAAGCGAUGAGACAUUGCGGUUUCAAUGCUCAGGGAUACCCAAUUAGAAAAUUCUUUGAAAAAAGUUUGCAUGCGAAGGCUUUCACGUUUUUUGUACCAUGGGUCUUUCUUGGAGUUGCGUUAUCUUUCUUUAGCCAUGUUCAUAUUCUUCUCUCAUUUCCCGUUAUACUGGCGUUUGGCUUAGCUCUUCAAGUGGCAUUAAAAAGAUUUGUCCUCCCGUCUUACCAAAACACUGGCGUGAGUCCACUGACACUUAUAAAAACUCCUAUUUUUGCUGGUGUAUUUUCUGGAAGCGUUUACUGGGUUUUUAUGGUGUGGAUUAUAAGAGUCUUUCCAGCUACCAUUGGCGAUAAACCCCUGGAAAAUCUAUCUUUGCUUUUAUCUAUUAUCACAUUGGGCUAUCUUUUUAUAAAAUUAUUGAAAUCCGAUCCUGGACGUGUACCGGCUGAAACUAAUCACGCCAGAGUUAGAGAAACGAUUGAAGAUUUACUAAAAUUGGGCGCAUACGAUACGCGCCAUUUUUGUAUUGAAACUUGGAUCCGAAAACCUUUAAGAAGCAAGUUCUCCUCCUUAAGUAAUUCACUUGUUGCUCGAUUUGAUCAUUUUUGUCCGUGGGUCUAUAAUGAUAUUGGACUGAAGAAUCACAAGGUAUUCAUUUUUUUUAUAGCUACCAUGGAACUCGCAGUUUGGAUAUUUACACACCUAUGCCUAGAGUAUUUCGACGGUCUUGAAGAUAUUUAUGAGGAUGAAUCUGGCAAAGUCCAAUGUUUCCUGAUUUCAGACGAUGACAUUUGUGCGGGCUUAAAAUAUGAUCUAUUCACGUCACUCACUCUCAUUUGGGCUCUUCUCCAAGCAGUUUGGGUUGCCUUUGUAAUAUUGGUUCAGCUUUUCCAAAUUUUUAAAGGAGUAACCAAUUAUGAGUUCAGUAAACUGAUGAAGGAUAGUAAAAGAGCUAAUACGGACUCUGUUGUGUUUAACGAAUUUUUCAAUACCACACCAGAAGACUUUGUGGCAGUCAAUGGAGACAUCUUUGAAAAUUCUUCUCAUGGUAUGGAAUCAAUCGCAAGAACACCAGCACCUAUCAAAAGCUCGAAGAGAUGUUGCGGCUUCUGCUGCGCCAUAACAGGAAUGGACCAAUGGUUAAUGGUAAUGAAAGAAACAAUGGGCAUAGCACGGAAUGGUUCAGGGUCAGAGCACUCUCUAAUUCUUUCCUCUCCAACCAACUACGGUUGGAAGACUAAUGUCAAAGAUUUCUGGCUCACUAGUGAUGCCACGGCACCUAUAUGGCAAAGAGUCCUUUAUUCUCCACAGAAUUCCACAGCACUAUUGGGUGGCACCGUGGUUGAUUACUAUGAGCUCUACAAGUUCCCACCCAGAGCCUUAGAUUUUGGAACGCCAUUGGAUGUUUGA